CGGCUACAAUCAUUCAUUAAAGAACGGCUAGGAGUCCAGAUUCCCGUGGUGGAGUUGGUUGUGUCCUGCUCACCUGAAGCGAUGGCUCGGCGACUCUCAUCAAAUCAUUCGGUUUCUUCAAGUAUUUUGCAUGGGAGGACGAGGCAUGCGUACUGGAAUCAGAUCAGGAUCUGGAAUACGCCAAUCUCGAAGCUGAUCCUUCCAGUAUAACUGGCGAUGCUGGCAAAAUCAUGAUCAUCACCGGUGCUUCCGGAUUCCUUGGGAAACAAGUUCUCCAAGGCCUCGUUUUGUCUUCUACGGUAUCCGAAGUGCACUGUAUUGCCGUUCGCUCUCAAACAUCCAUGGAGAAGUUAGAAGCGAUAGGGUCUCCCAAGAUCAUCGUUCAUACCGGAGACCUGGCUCUUCUCCGUCUAGGGCUAGACAUCACAACGGCUCGGUCACUUGCAUCAAAAGCCAUCAUCGUCCACAACGGUGCUGAUGUGUCCUUCCUGAAAUCGUACAGCUCACUGAAAAAGACCAACGUGGGCUCAACCGUUAGGCUUGUUCACCUCGCAAAACCACGUCGCAUCCCCAUUCAUCUCGUCUCCUCGGCCGGCGUCGCAGGAUUCGUUCCGCGCAAUGAGCUACUUCUCCGUGAGGUGGGUGUAGCUGCCUAUCCACCACCUAGGGGUUCGAGUACACACCGUUACCAGAUCGCAAAGUGGGUGAGUGAGUGUCUCCUUGGAAGGGAAAAUCAACAAUAUGGCCUUGAUAUUGUCCUGCAUCGACUAACGAGUAUUGUGGGGGAGGGGGCUCCCGACGCCGACAUUCUGGACAAUCUCCUUCACUAUUCGAGGCAGAUAGGGCUGGCACCGGACAUGGAUAGCUGGGAUGGUUAUCUAUAUUAUACAAGUUUAAACCUACUCUGUACUGUCGGUACUAGUCGGGAGAGUAUUUUGAAAGAGGCGGGUGGCUUGCUACACCAGAUUAGCACUAUCCGGUCCAUCACACAUAUUGUUGUGCCAUGGCUUAGGGGAGUAUACUCGUGAAACAAGUACGUGAGCUGGAAACAAGAAGACUAAAACUAACAACUUCUAUAGACGUUAGAUCGCUGAAUGGAAACUAGAAGUGCUGAGAACUAAGUCUGCAAGA